GGGCGCACUUCCUGCCGGGAGGUGGGCGGGGCGGGCCACCUCCUCCCUUAAGCCCCGCCCCACCCUGCGUCCCGCCCUCCCUCCGGGCCCGCAGAGGCUCCGCGGGGGCGGGGCUGCGAGCCGUGGGCGGCGUGGCGCUGCUACCAGGGCGCAGGGCCGUAGGUGCUGGGGAUCGCGGCGACUUAGCCCACGGAUCUGCGGUGUGUUGCUCAGGAAAGCUCAUCCUCCCGGGCAGGAGAAGCAUCGGGCGAAGGCUGCCCCCACCGACUAGUGCAGGGCCUCAGGCCGAGUAGGGCCGAGAGCUACGGGAGUAAGCGGCGGCGGGUCCCGAGCGCAGCGCGCCAUGGCGGGCGGGCCCCCCAAGGCCCUGCCGUCCACGGGGCCCCAGUCCUUGCGCGACAUGCCCCACCCGCUAGCGGGCUCCAGCAGCGAGGAGGCCGUGGGAGGCGACAGCACGCCCAGCCCGGACCUACUGAUGGCCCGCAGCUUCGGUGACAAGGUGGGGCGCUCGGGGCUGGGGACUCCUGGGGCGGAGCGGGAGACGAGGAUGGAUCCAGGACCACCCCUGACACUGGGCCGCGCUCACCCUGGAACCCCUUUCCCGAAGGAUCUCAUCUUGCCCAAUGGUGGUACUCCAGCAGGCACUUCAAGCCCAGCUUCUUCAUCUUCGCUUUUGAACAGACUUCAGCUGGAUGAUGACAUUGAUGGUGAAACCAGAGAUCUCUUUGUCACAGUUGAUGAUCCCAAGAAGCAUGUCUGCACAAUGGAGACCUACAUCACGUACAGGAUCACCACCAAAAGCACACGGGUGGAGUUUGACUUGCCAGAGUAUUCCGUUCGUCGACGAUACCAGGAUUUCGACUGGUUGAGGAACAAACUGGAAGAGUCGCAGCCCACUCAUCUCAUUCCCCCACUUCCUGAGAAGUUUGUGGUGAAGGGUGUCGUGGAUCGUUUUUCAGAAGAGUUUGUGGAGACCAGAAGAAAAGCGUUGGACAAAUUCCUAAAAAGGAUUACAGAUCACCCAGUGCUCUCUUUCAAUGAACACUUCAAUGUGUUCCUCACUGCUAAGGACCUGAAUGCCUACAAGAAGCAGGGGAUAGCACUGCUGACCAGAGUGGGGGAGUCGGUCAAGCAUGUCACUGGAGGCUACAAGCUGCGGAGUCGGCCUCUGGAGUUUGCAGCCAUCGGUGACUACUUAGACACUUUUGCACUCAAACUGGGAACCAUUGAUCGGAUAGCCCAGCGGAUCAUCAAAGAAGAAAUAGAGUACCUCGUGGAGCUGAGGGAGUAUGGGCCUGUGUAUUCCACGUGGAGCGCCUUGGAAGGUGAGCUGGCGGAGCCCCUGGAGGGUGUGUCAGCCUGCAUUGGGAACUGCUCCACAGCCUUGGAAGAGCUGACGGAUGACAUAACAGAAGAGUUUCUGCCUGUGCUCAGGGAAUACAUUCUAUACUCUGACUCCAUGAAGGGUGUGUUGAAGAAGAGGGACCAAGUUCAUGCAGAGUAUGAAGCCAAACUGGAAGCUGUGGCUCUGAGGAAAGAAGAUCGCCCCAAGGUGCCAGCAGAUGUGGAGAAGUGCCAGGACAGGAUGGAGUGCUUCAACGCAGACCUGAAGGCUGAUAUGGAGAGGUGGCAGGGCAACAAGCGAAAUGACUUCCGGCAGCUGCUCGUGGGCUUGGCUGACAAGAAUAUCCAGUAUUAUGAGAAGUGCCUCAUGGCGUGGGAGUCGAUUAUUCCACUACUGCAAGAGAAACAAGAGGCCAAGUAGCUUUGGUUUUGGAGAAAAGACUCUUCUGCCUCCACAGGGCAUGGUACCCUGAACCUGAAUGUCCCUGCAGUGCCGGAGAGGUCGCCGUGGGAAAACAGCACAACACCACCUCUUGAGUGUGUACUUUCUCCCCACCCACCCCCAGUCGUUUUCAGUUAGUAUUUAUUCCUUGGAGUCUGUGAGGCUGUAAUCAUCUCUCAGCAGAAGCAUACCUCCAUAUUGUGAAGGAACCUCUUAAUGGAACACUAUGAAGACUUUUGAAACUGAGGGGCAGGAUAACCCCCACUUGACCUGUGACAUCACUUUGGGAGCAUCCCAGUUGCCAUUGUGGGACAGAACCCCAGUCCUGCAUUUCGGGGACAUGGGGAGGCAUGAAGAGGGCAGCUGCGGCUUGCUGUGGAGACAUCUUAGCUCUGCACUUUACCCGUGAGGGCAUUAAUGUGACCCAGCAUGGAAGGAGGUGUAGGUACCUUCUCUCUCGGAAAGUCCUUAAUUUACAGUGGCCUGUGGCUGUGGCUGCGGCUCUGGCUGUGGCUGUGGCUGUGGCAGGUCUACUGCCUGCUCGUGAUGAGUGGCAUCUAUGUACUUGUUUCUGGUUCACACGGGGCCACCUAAAUCUGUGUCUGGGAGCAUCGAUGCUUGAGUGAGCAAGCCAGCGUCCUUGUCCUUAAUGGAUGCCUCAGGAUCUUGUUUCUGACCCCAGAAUGCAGCAGAGGAGAAGCUUUUUGGUGUGAACUGGAUAAAAAAAGGUGCAUUUUUCUCUGUGAAGGUCUUGGUGUGUGUGUUUUCCGUGUUAACUGUCAUCAUGGUUGGGAUUAGACCUGUUUGCAAACAGCUGCUGUCAAUGACACUCCUGUGUGCCAAGCCCCAGCUCUGAUGUCUGCUUUGUGCAAUUUGCCUUUACUUCACCAAAAAUGUCUCAUUUAAUCUGUCUGCCAUGCCCGCUGACUGUCUGGGCAGCCUUGCGGUGAGGGCUGUGUGCUGCAUUAUUGCUGUCACUAUGUGUAAACUCAGUGUGACUGCUCUACAUGAGUGUUUUAACCCUCACGAUUCUGUGGCCAGAAAGAAAACAGCAUCUGCAGGUCCCUCAGAGACGAGAAGAGUGAGCGACAUCGUGCUCUUUGCUUCUGGCUAUGUAGAAAUCCUCAUUUGUAGCUAAAAUCUGGGGGCUGCAGCUGUGCUUAAAGUCUUCAUUUGAAGCUUUCCAAAUUGCCAUAAGCCAACAAUCAGAAAGAAUCUCUCUCUUCCAUACCGUUGCUCUUGCUAAAAAGAAGCUGCAUUUUUGUGUUCUUUUAUCUCUGGCUCUUUGCUAAAAAUCCCUAGAUCUGGCUGCAGGUAUACGGAAGGGGCUUUGUUUUUAAGGCGAAGCAGUCAAGCACUGCCUCAUAUACAAGUUCAUUUGCAAAUCCAAUCAUCAUCCAGCAUGCUAAGUCCUGUAAUUCCCUCUAAUAUGGAGUCAGCUGCAUUGGGGACACCAUGGGACCGCAGGUAGACAGCAUGAAGCAAUUGUCCUCUCAGAUUUGACAGAUCCGUGAUAGAGAUAAUAAUCCCCACAUCUAUCGGUACUUGCCCAAACCUAUCUGUGCCACCCCAGAGCCCUUGCUGUGAAUUGUCUGUGGUACAAAUAGAAAAGGCCCACUGAAGCAGAAGAGUAAGAACAGUCUGUACACCCCACCUCCAGCGAGUCGGCGUCUCAUUCUACCUCCAAACCACCGGGCUGGUGUGGGUACGCUCAGAGUCAACCAGAACGUGGGAGAGUCAGGGCAUGCGUUUGGUUACCAACAGACCUCCAUCCAUGCGUAUCAGAGGACACCAGACUCGCCAGAGGUGAUGUCCAUCUUUGGGAAACAUGAGGCUUUGCCUUGUGGACUGUAUGCUUGAUACUUGCACAGUGAUGUAAUGAUGAACACAGUGAUGUAAUGAUGCAUACAGUGAUGUAAUGAUGCAUAUAGUGAUGUAAUGAUGCAUACAGUGAUAUAAUGUAGAAAGAACUAAAGAAAGAAUUAUGAUGAAGCUAAAAUCUGAUGACCAGCUAGUUGCCAAAACCCCACGUCAAUCCCGUGUGCUGGUUAGUUACACAAGAAGAAAGUCCCAUAGAAACAGCCUCCGGUUGCACUGGAAAAUGUAUGGAGGGAAGCGUGGUCCUCAGCCAUUCCCUCAUGAGAGAUGGUUCUCAUGGCAUCUUGAAGUGUUUGUCUUGUGCUGUUUAUUUGGUUGGUAGGCAAUGUCCCUGGGCUUUGAGUUUCCAGAAAGAGCUGGGAUAAUGGAGACUUUCCAGUUGGAACAAUGUCAGUGGUAGAGCCAGGGACACCCAUGCACAAGAAGCGCUCUUGUCUCUCUCUUCAGGAUGGCAGCUGGUAAACUGAGGAGGCUGGCCUGAAGAAAAGGGGCAGGAGACAGUGAAGGAGGCCUUCCACUUCCCUGCUCCUGAGGCUCUCUCAGUCCCUGGAAACUCACCAGUCAGAAGCAUCACAAAAAAGAUUCCCUACAUGAAGCAUAGCUCAGAUACUACAGUGCCAAAAUGCCCCCAGAGAGGCUCCGUUACUUCUGGAGCCUCAGAGCCUUUGCCCUGAAGUCACAGGUUCCUCUGACUUAUUUUCCAUGAGACUUUGCCUUGAGGGUAUCACGGGCAGAGGGAUAGCCAUAGCUGUUGAGGCUUGAACACAUGCUGGUGAGAUGAAAGUUGGCCAUAGCAACUGCCCAGGUCCUGAGAAACGGAGGGCUUCUUCACCGUGUUAGAAACCUGCAAAGGCAAAAGAGAAUUCUUAAAGCCAAGGAGAUUUGAGAGACUUGAUUGUUUAGGACACAGUUGUGGUUUGUAGCAAGAAAGGGUACUACUGAUGUUGGGAAUUUAAAAGAAGAAUCUAGGCUGUGCUGCUCAAAACAAGAAGGCUUUGCUCUGCAGUGAGAGGGGAAUGACCCCUCAGCCUGUGUGGGGCCAGGUUUCACCCACUCCUAAGCUCAGCAGUGAUUGAGCACGGUUCGGAUGGGCUGGCACUUCUCCAAGCUGCUGCUCACCUCACCAGAUAUUUCCCUUAGCUGAAUGAAGAAAACCUAGCCUGCCUGGGAUAGGAGCGGGAUGUAAGACACAUCUCUCUUUAUACCAAAUGGAGUGGGCCCUAGUUGUUGAGUAGAAUGUGCUCUUUUAGCCUGUAAACAGGAGGAAACCGUGUGUGAACACUACAGCCUCUGGGGAGGGCCCUGUGGACAUUUUAAUUUUAGAAGUGGGCAUGACGACAGUGUUUGUCUUUUGGGACAACACCCACAAAGCACUCAGAGGCCGCGUGACUUGUCCUGUCCUGUGGCACUGAAGCUGUAGGAAGCUGGCUGUUUCGAUGAGGUCAUUUGAGUCAAGGGAGCUCAUGAGCUCACUGGGGUGUGUAGAGGAAGGCAAGGACUGCCUGAGAGGCUGUGUUGGCCCUCCUGAUUUGGGUCUUGGGAUGGGUUGGAACAGGGUUCUUGUCAGAUCAGGGGAAACUGGCAAUCUUGAAGGGUGAUUUUCCCCCCGCCCCCAGGAUCUGCUGCCUGUGGCUGGAGCAGGGCACACCCUUCUGGGUCCCACCUUCCCUCAGAGGCUCUCGUUAAGUAUGUGACUUGGUCAUCUUCGUGUAUAAGACUAUGCUGGGGAUUUGGGGUGGCCUCCUGCCUUUCUACAGCCUUCAGGGUGGCCACAGAUGGAUAUGCCUUCUCAGUACCUGUGGUCUUCUCUGCUCAAGGCAGCAGUGGGCACUUGCAGUAUAGUUGAGGAAAAUGACCUCUCCUUGACCAAGCUGAGCUGCAGUCCGAAUGCCAGGGCUGCAUGCUUCUUUCCUGCUUACAGUUUAGUGAAUAAUCAGGGAUCCAGUAUUUCACUGACCCACUCCAGGUUGCCAGAGUUCCGUUUGAAGGUGUCUCCAUGGUUGCACACACCAGAGGACGGGGACUCUGUGUCUAGAAGGCUGAGGCGAGGGCUCCGUUGUGGGGCAGACUGUUCGCAGUCUUAUCUGUCUGAGUAUUCCUGGGUAUGACUGUGUGUGGCAAAAGCUCGUGUCACCCAAGUAGUCUUCAACUUCUGUAGUUUGUAAAUGAGUGUUGUGGAGGGAACCUUUAGAUGAUCAAUCAGAUGUGUCUUAUCUUUUUAGCACUUGAAAACCAACACACCCAGGAAAUGCCACACAUUGUUAGAAGCCUAAUUGCAGUCGCUAACCAUUUGUCAGUACCUCCUAACUGCCGCUCUGCCGCUAGUGUUUAAACGUCCACGUGGAAAGCGUUACAUUUGGAAGCAGCUGGUGUAAACACUUACUCUAGGCAGCUGCAGUCCUCUUAAGUCUCCAGCCAGAAGGUGGGGGCCUUUCAGGUGGCAAGAUUAAAUUGUGCUGUUGCCAAAUAGUAUUUGAAUUAAUACCAGGAAACAGGGACCAUGGUACUGCUGGAUGUUUUCGGGUGAGAAAGAUGAAUGUAGUGUGCUUUGGCAUGGUUUGGGAGACAGUGUCAGCAGUGACAAAUCACACAGCUUCAACAAGUCCUCUAGUUUGUGACAGCAUGACAGGUUUACUCUGUCUCUGCGAAUGGGUCCCAGAGCCCGUUUGGGAGAGAGACUCUCCAAAGGUUGAAAUGCCAAAUAGCAUAAAACCUGUUCCCUUGACUCAAUAGUAAAGCCAGGGUGAAGAGCUGCACACACCUUUCUCCCUGAAGAACCGCCCAGGUAUGUGGUGAUUCUGGGCUCCCACAGUCCAGCUCAGAGCAGCUAAGACCUGUGCACGCUGUUGCUGGGCAGACUGGUCCCCAGCCUCAGACCCAACCUCUGCCAAGAUGCUGAGGGGAGGAGGAGGGUGUUUUCCUAGACUGUGGGUUGGUGUAACAAAGCAACGACUGUGUCAGCUGGGCCUUCGUAGGGGAACAAACCAGUACAAACCAGCAUCUUCUAUCAGUUAGCACUGUCCUCCUGGACCAUGCUGAGGGCUGGGCCUUUCCCUCAGAGUCCCUUCUCACUGUAUUUCUGUGUGCCUGUUCCCUUCAUGCGUGAGUCAGGAAUACAUGGAGAGACAGCCUACAUCUGACAGACUCCCACAAAACAAACUGCCAGCAAACUUUCUAACUCAUAUUUUAACUGUUAAGGGGGGAUUAAAACAAAAUUUUGGACUGUGGUGUUUUUUUUUUUAAAUUUUUAAAAAUUGUUCUUUAGUUUUAAAACUUCCAGAGAUAGAAGCAGGCUUCUGAGGUAUGGUCUCGCUGUGUGCUUUCUCUCCAUGCUGCCAUUAAGCCAAAACAAAAGCUGUGAACAUAAGUGCUUGAGAGAAUGCGUGUUGAUAAGAAAGUGAUUUAUUUACAGAUCCAAGUCUUUGUCUCACGAAACUACCAAAAAGAAUGUCACCAUUUUUCUUCGUUGUGGAACCAGAGAUUAUAAAAAGAAAAAAAAAAGUUGUUUUGUUGUAUUUUUGAUGCUGGCACAAGGUUCUUGUCCACUUUGGUUUUUCGUAUAUCUGUAUGUAAGAAAUUCUGUUUCUUGUUUACUAUGGAAUUAGUAUUACAUUUUGAGGUAAACAAAGAAUUUGUAUUGCUUGGUAAACUAUUAACUAUUAGCUUGCAAAUUUAAGAAUUUUUUCUUUACCUCAGUUAACUUAAGUAAUGGACCAAUAAACCUAUGACAGAUGCUUUA